CUCUUCCCCGGUCCAUAUCCCCACACAUCCCCAAGGCCCUUGAGGUUCGAGGGACCCGCUCGACACCACUCCUCCACCGCCAUCAACAACAACAACCACAACAGCAACAACAACAACAAUUAGCAGCAAGCUGCCCGCCGCCUCACUAUCCCGCCGCCCGCUUCGAGCUGGACAGCCGCAGCCAUGCCGCUUAGUAGUGCUAUGCCCAUGGCGCCGCCGGCCAAGAGCCCUCUGGGACGCUACAGGCUGCUCUCGCCCACCGCCGCCGUCCGGGUCAGCCCGCUGUGUCUCGGCGCCAUGAACUUUGGCGACAAGUGGAAGGCCUACAUGGGAUCUUGCAACCAGGACCAGACGGAGAAGAUUCUUGAUUUCUUCUAUGCCCAGGGUGGUAACUUUAUCGACACCGCGAACAAUUACCAGUUCGAACAGUCCGAGGUCUGGAUCGGAGAGUGGAUGCAGAAGCGCGGCAACCGGGAACAGAUGGUCAUCGCCACAAAAUACACGUCCAACUUCCGAGCUGGCCAGGGCGGUGUUGAGAUCAUGGCAAACUCCACCGGCAAUAGUACCAAGAGUCUCCGCACCUCGGUUGAUGCCAGCUUGAGGAAGCUGCAGACUUCUUAUAUCGAUCUGCUCUACGUGCACUGGUGGGACUACUCGACGUCGAUCCCAGAGCUGAUGCAGUCCCUCAACCAUCUGGUUGCCGAGGGCAAGGUCCUGUACCUGGGCAUAUCUGACACGCCGGCGUGGGUUGUCAGCAAGGCCAACGAGUACGCGAGGAACCACGGCCUCCGUCAGUUCAGCAUCUACCAGGGACGAUGGUCGGCUGCUUCGCGCGACUUUGAGCGCGAGAUCAUCCCCAUGGUCCGCGCCGAGGGUAUGGGUCUGGCUCCCUGGGGCAGCCUGGGCGGAGGAAAGUUCAAGACGGAGGAGCAGUGGAAGGCCACGGACGGGCUCAAGGUCCAGGCCAGCGAGGACGACUUCAAGGUGUCCAAGGUGCUGGAGGACGUCGCGAAGCGCAACAACACCAUAAUCACCUCGGUCGCGCUGGCCUACGUCAUGCACAAGGCCCCCUACGUCUUUCCCAUUGUUGGAGGACGCACGGUGGAGCACCUGGCGCAAAACAUCGAGGGGCUGUUACUCGAGCUGUCCCCCGAGGACAUCGCCGAGAUCGAGGGCGCCAUCCCCUUUGACCUGGGCUUCCCGCACAACUUCCUCUGGGGCCCCAAGCCCCCGGCCCACUACCAGCAGACCUGGCUCGUCAACAUGGGCGGUCAAUACGACUACGUCCCAGACUCGCAGCCCAUCAAGCCCUUCAAAGGCGGAGAGUAGGGAUUCCGCCUUAUGAACUCUCGCUGGAGAUGGCGAGACAAGGACUACUAGGAGAAUCACGACGAGCACGCCCGCAGAAAGAGGCACCACCAUCAAACGCGCACGCGGCCAAAGUCGCGCUACUGAAAUGAGGGAUGCGGUAUUAGAGCUUGUUUCUAUCAAAAGUCGUUGCUAGUCGUAGCCUGGCUGAUUUCUCCAUUGAGCCCAGCAUCCCCACGCUCGUUUGCACUUGCUCUCCCAACCUAGACCCUAUUCUAGAAAACCAUUGCUGAUGUGGAAGAGAUUGCUCUAACCACAAGCAAGAAGAGAUGAGGACACAGAAGACUGGUUACUUUUAGAAUUAGGUCCUUAACGCCAAUAUGAUUCUUGCCAAAAAGAGUCUAUACGCACCCGUCUUAGGAGAGGGCGAAGGGAGCAACAACAUAUCGCAGAGGGGAUGGAUGUGAAUCACGAC